AAUGGAAAUGCUUGCAGGUACUUUUCUCUAGGUAUAUUAGGCCUCACAGGUGAGAACCGUGAGUGUAAAGAGAGAGAGAGAACAAGGUCAGGCUACUUCUGACAGGUCAGCAGUGCACUCCCAGCAUGCCUCUGGGGAGGAGGCGGGCAGAAUACACUGGUGCAACACAGUUCCUCCCUAUGAGAGAGAGAGAAGCAGUUCCUCCCUAUGAGAGAGAGAGAGACAGAAUGAGAUAAAGACAGUGUAAGUUUGUAUGGGAGAGACGCUGCUGAUGUCACUGCUGUAAUCGCUGUGUGUGUGUGUGUGUGUGUGUGUGUGCGCAUGCAUGAGUGUGUGUUUGUGUGUGCAUGCGCUGAAGUUGGACAUCAGUUGAAGCGCAUGCUGCAUGAGGUGAAACCGUCCUGACUCAAUCUGGAGCGAAAAACACCAGGGAUAUGCAGAAUUUGGACCUUUACAGUCGACUGGACUCUCAGAGGAAUGAUGAGGAGGCCGUGGUGGACAGAGGAGGCACUCGCUCCAUGCUUAAAGCUGGACUGGAGAAGGAGGAGCUAGAGGGUCACAGGACUCUGUAUAUCGGGGUUCAUGUUCCUCUGGGCAGAAGAACCCACCGCCGUCACCGUCAUCACGGACACCGACACAGAAAGAGGAGCAGGGAGAGAGACUCGGGCGUCGAAGACGGACACGAAUCUCCUUCAUACAAUACUCCCUCUCAGAGGGUUCAGUUUCUGCUGGGCACCGAGGAUGAUGAUGAAGAGCACAUACCACACGACCUCUUCACCGAGCUGGACGAGAUAUGCCUGCGCAACGGAGAGGAUGCUGAGUGGAGAGAAACCGCCAGGUGGCUGAAGUUUGAAGAGGACGUGGAGGACGGAGGUGAGCGCUGGAGUAAACCAUACGUUGCGACGCUCUCUCUGCACAGUCUCUUUGAGCUGCGGAGCUGCAUCAUCAACGGCACCGUCAUGCUGGACAUGAGAGCCAGCUCUCUGGAGGAGAUUGCAGAAAUGGUGCUGGACCAACAGGAAGUGGCUGGGCAUCUUGAAGAGGAUGUCAGGAAGAAGGUCAAAGAGGCUCUUCUGAAGCAGCACCAUCAUCAGAACCAGAAGAAACUGGCCAAUCGGAUUCCCAUCGUCCGCUCUUUCGCCGACAUCGGCAAGAGGCAGUCUGAGACUAACUGCAUAGACAAAAACGGUCAGAUGAUUCCACCGCAGUCUCAACCGCUGACCACAGACGGCAAGAAUGACGUGAGCCGUGAAAACAGUGCUGUGGACUUCAGCAAGAUAGACCUGCACUUCAUGAAGAAGAUUCCUCCGGGUGCAGAGGCCUCUAAUGUUUUGGUUGGAGAGCUGGAGUUUCUGGACAGGCCUGUCGUGGCGUUUGUCCGCCUCUCUCCUGCCGUAAUGCUGAACGGCCUGGCGGAAGUGCCCAUUACCACCAGGUUCCUGUUCAUCCUGCUGGGGCCUCUGGGUAAAGGACCACAAUAUCACGAGAUCGGCAGAUCAAUUGCUACUUUGAUGACAGAUGAGGUUUUCCAUGAUGUGGCCUAUAAAGCUAAAGACCGCAAUGAUCUGAUUGCUGGAAUUGAUGAAUUUCUUGACCAAGUUACAGUUCUGCCACCGGGAGAAUGGGACCCGUCCAUCAGGAUAGAACCGCCAAAAAACGUCCCGUCCCAGGAGAAGAGAAAGAUCCCUGCAGUGCCUAAUGGAGAGCUGGCAGAGCCGGAGGAACAUGGUGGACACGGAGGCCCUGAGCUGCAGCGCACCGGGAGGCUUUUUGGUGGAUUGGUUCUGGAUGUGAAGAGGAAGGCUCCGCACUUCCUGUCGGAUUUCACAGAUGCGCUCAGCCUGCAGUGUUUGGCCUCUUUCCUGUUCCUGUACUGCGCCUGCAUGUCCCCUGUUAUCACCUUCGGAGGACUGCUGGGAGAAGCCACAGAGGGACGCAUAAGUGCAAUUGAAUCGCUGUUUGGAGCCUCCAUGACUGGAAUUGCUUACUCGCUUUUUGCCGGCCAGCCUCUCACUAUUCUGGGCAGCACUGGACCUGUCCUGGUGUUUGAGAAAAUAUUAUUCAAAUUCUGCAAGGAGUAUGGGCUGUCGUAUCUGUCCCUCAGGGCGUGUAUCGGGCUGUGGACGGCGUUCCUCUGUCUGCUGCUGGUGGCCACUGAUGCCAGCUCCCUCGUCUGUUACAUCACACGCUUCACAGAGGAGGCCUUCGCCUCUCUCAUCUGCAUCAUCUUCAUCUACGAGGCCUUGGAGAAGCUCAUUCAUCUCGGGGAGACGUAUCCCAUUAACAUGAACAACAAUCUGGAGAAACUCACCACUUACAGAUGUUCCUGUAUUGAGCCUGUAAACCCCAGCAAUGCCACUCUUCAAUAUUGGGAGCAGAACAACAUCUCAGCUCCGGAGAUCUUCUGGGAGGCUCUGGAAGUUCAGGACUGCAUUGAGAAGAAAGGAGAAUUUGUGGGGUCGGCUUGCGGGCCUCACGGUCCAUACAUUCCUGACGUUCUCUUCUGGUCUAUAGUCCUCUUCUUCUCUACUGUGGCCAUGUCAGCGUUCCUCAAAGAAUUCAAGACCAGCCGCUACUUCCCCACCAAGGUCAGAGCCAUCAUCAGUGACUUUGCAGUCUUCAUCACUAUUGCUACAAUGGUUCUGGUGGAUUACGCUUUAGGAGUGCCUUCCCCCAAACUGAAGGUCCCUAAUGUGUUUAAGCCAACUCGUGACGAUCGUGGGUGGUUCAUUAACCCAUUGGGUCCGAACCCGUGGUGGACGUGUGUGAUUACAGUCGUUCCCGCCAUCCUCUGCACCAUCCUCAUCUUUAUGGACCAGCAGAUCACAGCUGUGAUCAUCAACAGGAAGGAGCACAAGCUGAAGAAAGGCUGUGGCUAUCAUCUGGACCUGUUCAUGGUGGGCGUGAUGCUGGGCGUCUGCUCUCUGAUGGGGCUGCCGUGGUUCGUGGCAGCGACGGUUCUGUCCAUCACUCACGUCAACAGUCUGAAGCUGGAGUCCGAGUGUUCGGCGCCUGGAGAACAGCCCAAGUUCCUCGGGAUCAGAGAGCAGCGGAUCACCGGCCUCAUGAUCUUCCUCCUCAUGGGCUGCUCCGUAUUCAUGACCAAAGUGCUGAAGUUUAUUCCUAUGCCGGUGCUGUAUGGAGUUUUCCUUUACAUGGGUGCAUCUUCACUGAGAGGAAUACAGUUUUUUGAUCGUUUGAGAUUGUUCGGGAUGCCGGCUAAACACCAGCCAGACUUCAUUUACCUGAGGCACGUUCCACUCCGAAAGGUUCAUCUGUUCACCAUCAUCCAGCUCAGCUGCCUGGUUCUCCUCUGGGUCAUCAAGACCUCCAGAGCUGCCAUUGUCUUUCCCAUGAUGGUGUUGGCGCUGGUUUUCAUUAGGAAGCUGCUGGAUUUUAUCUUCACAAAGCGGGAGCUCAGCUGGCUCGAUGACCUCAUGCCCGAGAGCAAGAAGAAGAAACUGGAGGACGCUGAGCGAGAGGAGGAGCAAAGUAUUUUGGCAGAGGAAGAAGGAAUCGUACAAGUGCCAUUGGAGGGACAUUACAAAGAUGAUCCUUCUACUAUCAACAUCACUGAUGAAAUGUCCAAAGGCUCCUUUGGAAGCACUUGGAACUCCAAAACUGAUCUGAAUACAAAAAGCCUGUCUAAUAAGAAAGUGCACAAGGAGCCUUGAUGGAAAGAAGAUUCACUGUGUACACACACACACACACACACACACACACACACGCCCACACACACAUUUACCUAGCUAUCCAAAUAGACAUGUAUUGUUUUUAAAGGAAUAGUUCACAAUAAAACUUAUAUAUAUGUAUCAAUAUUUAUAUCAAAUAAAUAGAUUUAUGUUUAUUAAUUUAUUUUUGGCGAACCAUUCCUACAGUUAUAAAUAAUGCGCAUUAUAAUUGCUUCAGACUAACUCAUACGUAUACUCAACCUCUAAACCUACUCCGAAAAGUAAACCUUUCACAUUUAUGUUAUAAUUUUCUGUAAAUUGUUACAGAUUAAAUUAAUUUAUGGAGACUUUUUUUCUAGCAUUUUUGACCUUAAAGUAUUGCUAGUUUAUAAGUAAACGCACAGUCUAAUAACUUGUUUGUUUGCCUUUCCUCGUCUCCCUGUCUGUUUCUAUAUUUUUAAAUUAUAUCACAAUGCUAAGCUUUUUAGCUUCUAGAUAUAAAACCUGUGCAUAUAGUAAUACCAGCAAAUAAAGCGGAGAUUGUUGUGUCGGAGAUGAGGAGAAAGUGUGGCAGAAUUUGAAAUUAUUUUCAACUUUUAUUUUAUUUUAUGCUCUUUGAAGUAUUUUAUAUGUUUUGUAUUUUUUAAAAAUAGCAUUACUGCACAACUUUCACGUCCCUAAAGAUAAUUUUAAAUGUGUAGACAAUAUCUACUGUAGGUGAGCAAUUAAUAGCCAUUUUAUAAUUAAAUUGCAUGCAUCAUAGUUUUUGUAUUCAUGUUUUGGGGUGGUGAAGAAACUUUCUGUUCAUAUAAAGUUACAGAUUCACUGUAAGGCUGAGUGAUAUAGCUAAACCAAUUGUAUCAUAUUUUUCAGCUUUUUGAUGAUAUUCAGUAUAUUCAUUACUGGAUUUACCAUUGCCAUAUUGUGUCCUUAAGCAAGACACUUCACACCAGGUUGCUUGAGUGUAGUCAGUGGAUUUACUUUAAGACGCUUCAAUAAAAAGCAUAAAAACAUAGGCUAUUGUAAAUUCUUGUUCUACCUGCAAUAUCAUCAAUAUCAGAAAAUUGCUGUAUUUUGUUUGACUACCUUUGCAUUUAUGCAAUGUUAAUCAUAGAAAAUUCAUUUUAGCUAUUAAUAAUUUCUUUCUGCAAAAAUUUCUACCAAGAAUGCUGCUUGUGUAAAUAUUAUUUCCAUUAGAGUUUAUACCUCUAUUUUGAAGGCUGUAUGUCGAUACUCACAAUGCCAAAGUGUGGAUGUGUUUUCACGCUAAUAAUGGUGGUGGAGAGACAUCUGAAAUCAUUGCACAUCAGUAAACUGUUCCAUCAAAAUGGUUGUCUGUAUUAUCUCUUGUAAGCAAAUGAGUGCAUUCACUGGAUACUGUAGAUACAGACUACAUUCCCUUUUAACAAAAUAAAGCAAUAGUGUUUUAGGAGUGCUGGUCCAUCUAAUAAUGAAGGGUUUGCAUGUUGAGGUCAUCAUAAAAUCUUUAACUUCUGCCGUUUAUAAUAUUUCUAUGUGUAUUUGUAACAAAAUAGACGAGAAACGAUUUUAAAAUCAUACAUAUUGUAAUAUCAUUACCAUAAAUUGAUUCAAAUGUUUUGCUUUUAAUUAUGUUUGUUUGUUUUGUAUGGCUUAUAUCUUCACACAGAUGGUUUGAUUUUGAAAGACAAGAGUGAUUGUUAUGAUGCAGAUAUUUUCACAGUUUAUUAAAAUGUUGACUUGCGCUUAAGUCCUAUUGCAUUAUUGUAACAAUAAUAAUAUGUCUAGUUCUUUUGACUGUGUUUUGAUGUUUCUGUUAACUUGAAUGAACUAUCGCUAUAUCCUCUUAAGUCUGUAUGGUGUGACUUUGGGAUCUUUUAUCUGUAUGCUUUUUUGGGUUAUGAUGACAUGAGCGUUACAUUCAUUUGCACUUGUAUUUCAUGAACUGUGAGGGAAGUAAUUAGACUUUUCUGGAGAUAUUGUUCCUGCUAUUUCUUCUACAGUGAAAUAAAAAGCUCUGCC